CGUCACCCAAGCUGGUUAGUGGGAAGUCAACAUGACAGCAGCAACUGCACACCAUAUUUGAGCUACAAUCGCUCACUUUUCCAGCUCGUGGACAUUAUAUGGGGAUAAAAGCAUGGAUAUGUCAAUAGAGUUUUAAGACAAAAUGUAAGUUUUGUGAAAGUGUGAUUCUUUUAACAGCUUUGAAACGUCGGCAGGUUGCAUCAUCUUCUCAUUAUGCGGCUCCUCUGGAUCCUUCAUAACUGAGGCAGGAUGGGACUCGAAGUUCUGUUAUACUGGCCGAACAUUACUGGGUACUUUAGGAUUGGCCUUGUGCUCGCUGCCUGGGCUGCCUGUGAUACACCAGCAGUCUUUGUCUCUCUUUACUCAGUCUCCAUAGCACUUGAUGGAGUGGACGGCUGGCUGGCGAGGAGGCUGGACCAGAGCUCCAGGUUUGGGGCCUGGCUGGAUGUAGUGGUGGACAACCUGGGAAGAGGCAUGCUGUGGAGCCUGCUGUUUGAGUGGGGUUGGCUGGUCUCUGCAUUGGAGUGGUGUGUGUUUGUGUGUAACCACAAUGCCAGAGGUGACCACUGGAAGAACAGUUUCACCAGCAGCCCUCGAUUCAUACAAGCCGUCAUGGCGAACGGGUUUCGGACACCGCUUGGCACAUGGGUGGUGAGCGGGCUGCACUGCCUCCCGCUGUGGUUGUAUGGGUAUCGGUGGGGGUUACUGUCCCACUGGCUGUGUCUGCCCCUCUGGAUCCAGGCUCUGGGGACUCUGCUGCUGGCUGCCGGCCGCCUGCUGGCUCUAUCAGUGGAGAUAUGGUGUAUAUGGACACACAUUGAAUACCUCACCUCUGACAAGCCGGAAGAUCAAAAACACUGAAAGACACUCAGCAGAGUCACCGUAUGCUGUCCUGUCCACCUUGGAAUAAUGCUGACAUUAAUCCACCACUUCUAUAAGAUUUCUUUCCAGAUAUAACCUACCAUAUCAGAUUAAAAUAUGUGGCUGCUUUAGAGGCACAAGAUAACUGUGUGACCAUCUGACAACAAGUAUAGUAUUUUUGACCGGUUACUGUGUUGUAACAGACCUGCCUCACAGGUUUGUUGACAUGUUAAAGGGAAUAUGAAUAUUCUUUUAGUGGCAGGGCCCAGGUACUGCCAGUACUUGUAACUGCCAGAGACUGCCAGUUAGAAGUGUCUGCACUCAACAACAGUUUCUUUGUGGUCGCUGUAGUUUCCUUUAUGAAAUGACACCAGCAACAAAAGGGAAAGUCUUAUUGUAGGUGUAGAUCACACCAAUACUGAACUUAAAGUCUGUAUCUCUAAGGGAUUCAGUUAAACUAUAGUGUACUGUACAUCACCAAAGGUUACUCAAGUGUAUAUUUUACUGCACACGUCCUGCAGAACCUAAGAAUGUACUGCUGAGUGUUUGAGAAUGUUGAAUGUCUUAGCUGAGGCAGUGCAGUAUAUUACUUUUGUACUAUGGGAAACUCAUAACUGCACUUUAUUUCCACUUUUACUUCAGCAAAGGCUAACUCUGGGUGAGGGGAAAAAACUCCAACCCAUUUCAAGCUCUAUGGACAAAAAUGCCAAUAAAUGCAAAGAUAAAGCAUUUUUACCAAAACCAGUCAGUGUAUAUCAGGAGUUUAGUCACUGGCAAUCAUAUUGUAUUAAUGUUUUUUGCUUUUGUUUAUGUUUUUUUUUAUUCAGUUAUUCACUGAAAUAGGUUUAUAGAAUAAUGUAUUGUGUGUAUAUAAAGUAUUCAAUUUGUUCAUAAAACCAUAUGCCUGUGAAAUGUAUACAAAUGUUACACCCAGAGCUAUCCUGCUUUCCACCUGCACUCUCCCAGUAAUGAGCAGAACAUGUGACUUUUCUUCACCUUCCUACACUAUAGUUGAUGGACCAUGAAAUAGUUUUUAAUAGUUAUGUUCAUGUAAAAUGACAGUUUUAGAGGUCAGACUGUGGACCUCUUUAGCAUAUUAACCUGCUGGACAUUAGUCAGCAGAAUGCCAAGUUACUCUACACUUACAUGUAUGUCGGUUUUGAGUGGUUAUGUCUUUACUGUAAUAUUUUACAGAACAUAUUUUGGGGAUUCAUUUUAUGAGCUUUUGAUUCAUCUCUGCAUUGUGCUCUCUUCUGGUUCUGGGAAGCUACAGAGCACGUAUGCAGGAGAGAGCCUGUGAAUGCUUUGUUUCUCUACAAUCCUUGCAAUAAAAUGCUGAAUGACAGUUC